AAUAUAAAUACUCAAUGCGAAGCUAUAAGAUCCAACUUUAGACAUACAUGGCUCUUGCAAAAAGCCAUUUGGUUAUCUCACUUGUUGUUUCUUGUCUGUUGAUCCUUACCGGUUGCGAGAGUUCUCAGGUGCAUUUCAACAAACAUGUUGCACUCUUCAUUUUCGGUGAUUCACUUUUCGAUCCUGGAAACAACAACUACAUAAACACUACUACUGAGCUCCAAGCGAAUUUUUGGCCUUAUGGCGAAUCAUACUUCCAUCCACCAACCGGAAGAUUCUCCGAUGGCCGUAUCAUUCCUGAUUUCAUCGCUGAGUUUGCUGGAUUGCCUCUCAUUCCAGCAUAUCUCGACCCCAAUAAUAAUGAAUUUCUGUAUGGAGCAAACUUUGCAUCAGCGGGAUCUGGUGUAUUAGAUGAAACUCAACCUACAAUUGCAGUCAAGCUCACGACACAGCUACAGUAUUUCACCGAUUUAGUGAAAUAUUAUAGGAAGAAAUUAGGUGAUGUGAAAGCCGAGCAGCUAUUGUCCGAUGCUGUCUUCUUGUUCAGUUGCGGAAGCAACGAUUAUCAGUUCCUCCUUGAAAGAAACGAAAGUAGUCUUCUUUAUGACGAGUACGUGGAAAUGGUGAUCGGAAACUUGACUCAAGUGUUCAAGGUAAUCCAUGAAAAAGGAGGAAGGAAAAUCGGAAUCACUACGCUCACACCCUUAGGCUGUUUGCUACCAGUUCGUGCAGAAAGGCCAGACAAUACAUGCGAUCAAGAACUUAACAUCAUAUCAAGUCUACACGAUAAAGCACUUUCCAAAAAACUGCAAGAUCUGACGCAACAAUGGGAAGGAUUCAUGUAUUCAAAGUUCGAGCUCCAGAUUGAGAUUACCAAACGGAUGAAAAACCCAUCAAAAUAUGGUUUAAAGGUAGGAAACAGUGCAUGUUGUGGUACUGGACCUUUUCGAGCGAUUAAUAGUUGUGGAGGGAAGAGAGAAACACGAGAGUUUGAACUGUGUGAUAACCCUAACGAUUAUUUAUUGUUCGAUCCCUAUCAUCCUACUGAAGCAGCGAACCUUCAAUUGGCAGAGCUGUUUUGGGAGGGAGAUUCCAAAGUCACAUCACCCUAUAAUUUAAAAAGCUUGUUUCAAGUUACGUAUGUUGAUAUCAUUCAACAUACCACCCAAUAG